AUGUCCGAUCUCAAAGAAAGCAAAAGCCCUCUGCUCGGCAAACCCAACGAGCUCCAGUCAACCCAGCCAGCUACCACUCACAAAUCGCCACAAAGCGUGUCAGAAGGCUUGGGGGACAGCGGUCCACCCCCACCUGAGAUUCUCCGGUCAAUUUCCAACAAGGAAUUUCCCGCCUGGGGCGAAUAUCUCGACAAGGAGAAGCCGAAGGAAUACAUCAUGUGGAAGUUGAAGAUGAUUGGUGAAGGCCAUCAAGCCAUGACAAGUCAGAAUGCCGGGGUUGAGAAUCAGCAGACGAGUAACGGAUCGGGAAUGGGGGAGCCGUCUUCGUCUGGGUCGAGCAGCAGGUUGCAGCCGGAGAUUCCCAAGGGAGAGCAGAAGCAUGGCGAGGUACUGGCGGCCAUGAAGAAGCACCAUGUCUCGGAGGAGAAGGAGAGCUAA